GAUCAUUUAUAUUCGUUGACUUUGGAGAGCUCAAAUAUCACUCCGAUCUACGUUAGUUACGUGCAGGCGCUCAAGAAGUUGGUGCUGAUCAAUCGGCCGAGGUUGGGGAAUAUCUCUUCCUUCGCGGUGGUUUCCGGUCAAGUGUGGAGCUGCUUAGCGAAGGCGGCGGGGGAGGAGGUGGCGGAUGAGGAGAUGGAGUCCGCCGCUGCCCGACAGCUACUUCGGCAACUGCUUGGUGCUCGUGGUGGCGGAACUGAGCAGAGGGAGGUUGAUGCGGCAGAGGCGACAGCGGACGCCGUUGGCAGGAUCAACGGCGAUGGUGGUGUGGGGAUUUUGGAUGGUUUUGAGAAACGGUUGAAAGAGAAGAUGAAAUUGGUUGGCAAAGUGAGUGGAUCGCCGAGAUUUGAUGUGUAUGGAGCGGAUUUUGGAUGGGGGGAGAUGGAGAUGUUUGAAGCUCUUCAUAUAGAUUGUGAUGAAUCAGUUUCGCUGGAGGAGUUGCGAUCGGCUUGUCAAUGGCAUGGAUGCUUUUCACACGCCUUUCACCAGGGACUCAUACAAUUACCGUUACACAUACACAUGUGUGUUUAAUUAAUAAUUCUCAUUUAUUUGCUCAACUUUUGCUGUCUCAACCGCACAAUAAUUCAACAUAUUUGCUUUCAGGUCUAGCCAAGCAAAUCAGAUCCGUAAAACUCUUUCUAUUGCAUGCCAGAGUUUGUUAAUUCAAGUUUCA